AUGAUGGAAGCUCAUCGCCCAACCCAAGAAGAACGACCCUCCUUCACCACGUACUGGAGGAAGAACCAAGAGGAUUCUUCGGCCAGGACACUCAGAUUCGUCCAGAGUGAUCCAGGCCAACCGAGCAGACCAGAUGGCGGCCAGAAUAAGAAAAGAAGAAUCAAGAAGAAGGAAGAGAAGAGGAAGAGGAAGAAGGAGGCUAACAUCAACGUUGGUCAUAUGACAAUAGCAACAACGGCGGCACCACGACCGCCGCCGCCAGCAGCAGCAGCAGCAGCAGCAGUCGCCACAAACUCAUUCUCCCCUGGAAGGGCCGAGGAAGAGGAGGGGGAUGGGGAGGGGGAGGGGAAGCAGUCAGCCAGGAACAAGCGUCGCGCCCAGGUCCGACGAGCCCAGAUCCAGCACCGCCAGCGCAAGGCCGACUACGUCAAGCAACUCCAGUCCGACAUCGCCGGCAUUCGCGAGCAGAUCGAGGACGCAGAGCAGGCGCGACGGUCGCUGCGGGUUGAGAACCAGAACAUGCGGGCUUACUUAUCGUCUCCGUCAUCGGCGGCCGGGUCGGUUUACGGUAGUGAAGGCGGUCGUAGUAGAUAUGACCAUCACCAUCAUCAUCAACAACAGCAACAGCAACAUCAACAACAACAACAACAACCACAUCAUCAUCAUCGUCACAAUUACCGUCAGCAACAGCAACAACAACAACAGCAAGCAGCUGCGGUCAGCGCAGACUUGUACGCGAGUAUCCCAUCGACCACUUUGUCCUCGCCAUAUCUACCACCCAACCACGUGCUGGCUCCAGAGGAUGACAUGCUGCUACAGCAUCACCAACAAGGCCUCGGCGGGGAUCUCGGCCUCGGCGGGGGCGGCACAGCAGGGUUCUUCACAGUAUCAGACGCGGAUCUGGACGAGAUGCUAAACGCGCAACAGGGAGGAGGAACUGGAGCGGGUGGUAGUGGUGGUGGUAGGGUGUACUACGACUCUGGGUCGCCGGCGUACGGCACAGGGAGCUCGAGAGCGAGCCCGGCCGUGUAUCAUGGGUCGCCGCAGCUUGUGGAUGGGGCCACGGGGCACGGGUCGGACUUGUCAUAUCCUCUGCUGCCGGAUAUGCUGAUGGGACAGGAACAGGGUGGGCAUCAGCAAGGGAUGGGGUAUUUGUUUCCAUGA